AUGGAACAAAUUGAAAAUACCGAGGUGUUGCUAGCUGCACUAGACAGGUGCAGAUCGGAUAAGAAUGUUUUCAUAGGACGAUAUCGUCGAUUAUUAAGAUCAGAUCCGGAAGCAGAAACAAAAUUUUCAGUGGUCCUUUCGGAAAUCGAAAAGCGCUGGAAUGAGAUGGAGAAGAAAUGUCAAAAAGCGCGAAGCAGUUCACCUACUGGAUCAGCACCUCCCCAACUGCGUCGUGAUACUAUCCAAGGAGAUUUUCGGGAUCAGAUCAAUUUAUUACAUGAUUUAUACAAAGUUGCUAAUGAUUAUCUGGAUUUUGAACGCUUUCCGGUUUCCUCCGUAAAUGAGUGGUCGAAACGUGUUCAGGAUGUUGACGAGUGGCUUCUUGAUUACACGGAAAGAUUGAAGGAAGUGGUUGAGGAAGGGCGUCGGUUGGCGAGUAGCGGUCGUAUGGAGCUGGAUGUUCACGAUGCCUUAGGCAGUCUGGACGGAGUUGUUGAUUUAGCAAAUCAGAUAGAAGGAGCCUUGAAGGAAAACAAAACAAAUUUAUUUCCUAUACGAACUAAAGCGGAAACUUUAGAACGAGACAUCAGCGCAAUAUGGGAUAUACUGGACAAGUUUUCAUCCCGCGAUUUAUCGGAAUCGGCUGUUGCCAAUACUACUCAACGUGAUUUACUGGAUCAACAAACGCAGCUAGAUUACUUGCAACGACGAAGUGAUGAUUUGCACAGUUGUCUACCUGGAACUUCCGGAAAUCAACCAAAUACAAUAAUGGAUAAAGUUCAUGAUAAAAUUCAUGAUAUAGAAGAGAAAAUAAAUGCAUCAAUCAGGAAAAGUAAGCAGAAUAUAAAAGUACAAACAGAUAAGCCAUCAGAAGUAAUUCAAUCGAAGGAGCAACAAGAAGUGGAUAUAAUUUCAACUACUAGUACAGGUGGACAAUCACUUACCCUUGAAGUACAGGAAGCAGAAGAUGACGAAUCAAGAGCGGAAUUAAAGAAAACGGAAUCAAAUAGUUCUGAACCUUUGGUAAUGGCAAUGAAAGUUAACGUUAUCGAAGCAUCUGAAUCGCUCAUGUCUUUGUUCAUCGAAAUGGAUGAAAUUGAGAAAGAAUUAAGUCGAGAUGAUCCAUUACCUUUCAAAGAUUUACAUCUGAAGAUGCAGAAACUGGAGGAAAUGAAUGAAAGUUUCAAAAAGGUUGAACGUGCAAUUGAUGAUUCACAGAUGACAAUGGAUUUGAUAGAAAAUGAAGCGGCACAUGAGCGACUUAAGUCACUUCGAGAUUGGAAGGAUCGCCGCACGAAUGAAAUAAAUAAACUGAUUAAAGCCGAAAGUAGCCUGGAGGAAAACAUGAAAAUCAGUCAGAAACUACUAGAUGAAAUUGGUAAAGCACUAGCUGAAAUAGAUAACCGCGAAAAAUCACCGGAGUUGGAAGAACUAGAGCAUUUUGCAUUUUCUUUAGAGGAUCGAUUACAACGGGUCUUAGCACAAAUACAACACACUUCACUAAAGGCAGAACCAAUACUAACACAUAUAAAUGAAGAAGAAGCCAGUCAACUUCGUGAUAGGUUACAAAGAAUCGGUGAACAGUGGAAAGAGUAUGAAAAUCUCAUUCGGGAAAAGAGACGUAGAUUGGAUGAACGUUUUGCGGAUGAAUCGGAACUGAACAACGAAAUGGAAUUACUCCAAUUUUGGUGUGAUGAAACAGAAACGGAAUGUGCCAUCAUUAUUAGUCCGUUGAAUUUGCCUGUUUUAAAAGAACUUGUGUUGAAAUUGGAGGAACGCUUACACAGCUACGAAAUGAAGCGUGCAAAUUUGCAAGCCAUUGAGCGUUUGAAAGAUCAUCUAAUUAGUGCGCAAUUGACGGAUCCAAGCAGCAAACAUCGAAUACGGCGAGCCGUAUCAGAAAUUGGAAAGCGUCUUAGCUCGAUCCGAAAUCUUCUGCGUGACCGAAAAUCGGAACUUGACAAUGCCGUGAAUGCUGCGGAAAAUUUCCAAGAUGAUCUGAAAAAAUUGCAGAACUUUUGUGAGCGAACGGAAAAAGCGAUUCAGUUAGUAGAAAGUGCGACAAUUUUCGUACCAUCCGGUACUGAUUUGGAUUACGUCCGUUUGCACGAGCGUGAAACUGAUGAAAUUGCUAUCAGACUGGAAAAGCAAUGGAAAGAAGUUUCUUCAUUAGGUGAAGCAGUGAUCGAUGAACAGUUUGGAAUUGUCGUACAAGAUACCUUACGUAAAUGGAUGAGUGAUAAGGAAAAACUGGCUGUCACUGCUUGCUUGCCAACUUUAGAACACGAUUCAUCCUCAGUAACCUCAGAAGCCGUUGGCGAAGAAGAACUGACCAAUGAAGUACGAACUACUUUGUCGAGUAUUGCUGAAGAAAAAGAAUCUCACACAAGUGAGUAUGGAACUUUAAAUGAAUCUGUGGUGCUUGAAUCUAUUGCAUCAAAUCUGUCACCCAAAGAGCGGCUUCUAAUGGACACCAUAGUACAUAUGGGACACUGGUUAACGGAAACGGAACGUGACGCAUCUUUGACCGUCGAUUUGGCCGAUUCGGAAAGCAUAAGAAAUGCAGUCAUUCAAAUGCAGGCUUUUAUUGAUCAGUUAAAAAUGCGCUAUUUGGAUUUAAUUCGAAUUUUGGAUGAAAGUCAAAAUAAGGUAAUACGGGAAAGGAGUGAGGUAAUGACUGUGGAGUGUAAUAGGAUAUUGGGUGAAUGUCAGAAGCGAAAAAUGACAUUAACUAAAAUGCUGGAAGAAAGUCGAGCUUGGGAUAAAUUAAGAAAAUCUUUGAGUACAUGGCUUGCUAAUGUUCAAGAAAGAGUAGCUGAUGGCAGUAAGGUGGAUGCAGCUGACCUACAAACACUCAAGCAAGAGCUUAGCGAGAUUCAAGGAAUAGCUGAAAUAGCGGGAGAAAUGAAAUUCAAGAUGGAUGAACUGAAUGAGAGUAGCAACGCUUUAUUGGAUAAUUACCGCGCUGAUGAAGGACAUAACUUAUCUCACACAAUCUCAAGGCUCAAUGCUUUAUGGAGUAAAUUUAACGACAAUGUUCGUAUUCGUCGGGCGGUGUUAGAAGCAGCUCUUCGAGCUAGAAGUGAUUUCUAUUCCUCUCUAGAACAACUGGAAGAAUGGAUGAAUAGUGUUGAGAUGUCUUUGGUAGAGCUCAAUGAAAUGACAAUAAAUACACAGAUGCUUAAAGAUUCUGUUAAAAGAAAGAAAUGGAUCGAAGAUGAGAAGAGUAUACGAGCUGAUAUGAAUGCUCAUAAGGAUGUUAUCGGAUCAGUGGAAGAUAUGGGUGCUCAACUGACAUGUCGAGUGGAAGAUCUUAAAGAACGUGAACAUCUCAAAGAGCGGUUAAGUCAUAUCGAUAUCAGAUGGCGACAUCUGGUCGGAUUAGCUGAUGCUAUCAGAAUCCGUCUAAUGAAUGCUCAGGAAGAAUGGGAAAAAUUAUUCACGCAGUUGGCUGAAAAUUUGUUUUGGGCUGAAGCACAAAGUAAAGCAUUACUUGAAGAACAGCCAGUGGGUGGUUCGCUGGCUCGGGUACAAGAACAAACCAGUUUCGUCCAGAAACUUGAACAUGAAAUGAAGCUUCGUCAGCGUGAUGUUGACGAAUGUAUAACAUUGGCCCAUAGUUAUCUUAUGCAGCAUGACCUACGACCCCGAACGAGAAGUACCAGCGUUUUGUCGCCAGAUAAAGAAAAUGGCCAGUAUUUUUAUGAUGAGAAUGCGGAACUAAGACGUGUCGGUAUUCAAAUUAAAUGUGAUAGUGACCGUUUGGUACAGGAAUGGAAUGAAUUGCGAGAACAGCUGAAUGCCUGGGCGUAUAUCAUUCAUGAUGCAAAUGCAAAGAUGGAAAAGUUAGCAUCAGCUAUAGCAGAAUGUCAGUUGGCACUUUCAAAUAUGGAAGAACGAAUGGAACAACUUCGACCCAUAGAAGAAUUAAGAUUAGAAGAGUUAACAGUAGCAGUUGAUGAAAGUGAACAGUUGAAGGAGUAUUUAGCUCGAACACGAAUAUAUGUCGAUGAUGCAAAUGACUGGAGUGGGCAGCUGUUAGCAUCGGAUAUCGAACUGGCAUCUGAGCCAAGUGCGCAAUUGAAGUCAAUCAAUGAUAGGAUAACAAAGUUGAAAUCAGAUUUACGAAUUCGUACCGCGGCUUUGGAACGAGCUAUGACCGAUUUUGGUCCAUCGAGUCAACAUUUCUUAAGAGACAGUGUUCAGGCACCUUGGCAACGAGCUGUCUCUACUUCUAAUCAUUUACCUUAUUAUAUCAAUCACGAAACGGAAGUGACUCAGUGGGAUCAUCCAGCAAUGGUUGAGAUUAUGGAGGAACUCACCACUUUCAAUCAGGUCAAAUUUAGUGCUUAUCGAACAGCGAUGAAAUUGCGAGCAAUCCAGAAGCGUCUGUGUUUGGAUUUACUAACUCUGGAAGAUAUAGACUUGAGUCUGCGAGCUCUUAAUUCAAUGCUAGGUGAGCAGUGCUUAUCGAUGAAAGAUGCAGUAAUGUGUUUGGUGCCUUUGUUUGAGACAGCACAAGAAAAGUAUCCCAAAUUGAUACACUCCAUACCACUGGCUGUUGAUUUACUGCUCAAUUUUGUUUUGAAUGUGUACGAUCCGGCACGUGAUUGUAUCAUGCGGAUAUUUUCGUUUCGUGUGCUUCUCGCAACAUUAUGCAAUUCAAAUUUGGAAGACAAAUAUAGAUACUUGUAUCAACUUAUUGCAAACAAUGAAGGCGUUGAUCAGAAGAAACUUGCCCUUCUCUUAUAUGAUAUCAUCCAUAUUCCAAGAUUUUUUGGCGAAGCAGCAGCAUUUGGUGGCUCGAAUGUGGAACCAUCGGUGCGAUCAUGUUUCGAAACAGCAAAAUACCCACGAUUGAUUUCAGUUAAUGAAUUUUUGAAUUGGUUAAAAAAAGAACCACAAAGUAUUGUUUGGUUACCCGUUAUGCAUCGACUAGCUAGUGCCGAAUUUGCUAAACAUCAGGCGAAAUGUAAUGUCUGCAAGAUGUUUCCAAUUAUUGGAUUACGUUACCGCUGUUUACGAUGUUUCAAUGUUGAUGUUUGUCAAAACUGUUUCUUUAGUCAAAGACUUGCUAAAAAUCAUAAAUUAUCACAUCCGAUACAGGAAUAUUGCUUACCAACGACAUCAGGUGAAGAUGUGCGUGAUUUUGGCCUAAUAGUAAGAAACAAAUUGCGAUCAAAGAGUAAGACACGAAUCGGUUAUCUACCAGUACAAACGGUAGAUGAGGGACCUCCGUUGGAAACCGGUAAUGUUACUCCUACUAAUCCAUUCACCGAACCAGUCCACAAUCGAAUACAGCUUUGUGCUCGAAGAUUAUGGAGGGCGCAAGGUGAAAAUGGUACACCGAUCCCUGCUUCAAACGACACUGGAGAGGAAAUGAGAAUGAGUAUGACAGAGUUGAAGUCACCUUUACAGCUUCUGUCCCAGGUUGAACAAAUGCACAAGGAGGAGUUGGAUCAAGUACUGCACAAGUUGCAGCACGAAAAUAGAGAACUAAAGAAAGAAAUUGAAAGACGGAGGAAGCUUGGUAAUGCUGUGGGCUCAACGCCGAAUCUAACGCGAGGAAGUAAUGCAGCAAUGUCUCGAAGUGUUACUGAUAACAUGGGAACUGGACGAUCUGUCCCCUCACUUUCUAGCUCUGGCGACGAUCAACUAUUGAGAGAGGCGUACCUGUUGCGACAGCAUAAGGAACGGCUGGAACAACGAAGCCGGAUAUUAGAAGAACAAAAUCGUCAACUUGAAACACAACUUGCAAGGUUACGAACAGUUAUUGCUCAACAACAAAAUGCUGGAAGCGAAAAUAAGGAAAGUGGUCCGGAAGAGCCUGAAUCUAGUGAGGCUUCGGCUGAAGAAGAUGAAGGUAUUGAGUACGAUACAAGACCGAAUCGCAUGAAUUCUCUCAUUGCUUCCGUGGAUCAGCUCGGUCGUGCAAUGCAAUCAUUUGUCGUUUCGGUUGUCAACGACGGUGAUGAAACAAACGAAGAUGAAGAUGAAACAAUGUUGUAUCCUCCAACUGUUGCGGACGAUGAGGUUGUAGAUGUGCUAGAAUCAACAGACGAUGAAGGAUUAGAAGUGAAGAAAAAGUGGCAGAAAGGGAUAAGCGAACAUUUUACUGAUGGAUUCGUAUUCGAUUGUGUCAGUGGAGAAGACAAAGAAGUUGAUAUAUUGAAAUGCCUGCAGUCGUAUGUGAAAAAAGGAACCAGCAGUACGUUGGAAGAAAAAAUUGAACGAGAACGCGCAAAACUUUUUGGCUCCGAAUCACUGGAGAAGAUUCCUGAACUUGUGCAGGAAAUGGAAAACAUUUCCGAUAAUGUUCGUGUAAAGCAGCGAAAGAAAAAGCGAUGUUAUGCAACAGAUAGUUUUUUUGAUGAUGUCACAAGUAGUAAAGCGCUAAACGCAGAAAUAGCUAUUGGUUUUGAUCAAAUGAAUCUCUCCAGGGCGCUUCUAAAGGCCAUAACAGCAUGCGGUUUUGCUGAACCUACUCGAAUACAAAGUACAUGCAUACCCCUUGCACUUGCAGGGCGUGAUCUGUGUGCAUGUUCUGCAACAGGAACUGGUAAAACAGUCGCUUUCAUGUUACCAGUUUUAGAGCGUUUAUUGUAUCGACCGCAGCAAAAAUCAGUGACUAGAGUGAUUGUACUAACGCCAACAAGAGAAUUAGCCAUACAGGUUUGA